CCAGGGGCGGACUGACCAUUUGGAAACUCGGGCACUGCCUGAGGGCCCGGGGUCAGUAGGGGGCCCUAUGAGAUGCCCCUGGUACCUUUUUCAUAGGCUUUUUUGAGUUUGGGCAAGGACAUAGGGGCCCCAUGAUCCCCUAUUGCCCGGGGGCCCCAUGAGUUGUCAGUCCGCCCCUGGUCCGUACCUUGUCUUUGGUGUGCAUCAGACAUCAGUUCCAAUCAGUGCAGCAUAUCAGUGCCCAUCAGUGCAGCAUGUCAGUGCCCAU